GAGGCCGCAGACUCUCUCGAUUGCUUCUGCCUGGGCAGGCCGCCUGGAUCGACUGCUCCUGUCUGGCCCGUCCCUGAGCGCGGGAAAUGAGUUUCCCCAACAUUCCCGCCGGGCCUCCUCCUCCUCUUCUUUUACACCCUGACUCCUUGAGGUCUCCCGAAUCACGCGAGUGGAAAAGGAGACGCUCAAGUGGCCGCCAUGUCCGAGGCUUAUUGUCCGGUGGAGUCGGGCGCGCUGGGGCCCGAGGAGAACUUUCUGUCCUUGGACGACAUCCUGAUGUCUCACGAGAAGCUGCCGGUGCGCACGGAGACCGCCAUGCCCCGCCUGGGCGCUUUCUUCCUGGAGCGGAGCGCCGGCGCCGACUCUGACAACGCGGUCCCCCCGGGCUCGAAGAUUGAACUCCCCUUGUGGCUGGCAAAAGGACUUUUUGACAACAAGCGUCGGAUCCUUUCCGUGGAACUUCCCAAGAUCUACCAAGAGGGUUGGAGGACCGUGUUCAGUGCAGAUGCCAACGUGGUGGACCUCCACAAAAUGGGGCCACAUUUCUACGGGUUUGGCUCCCAACUCCUGCAUUUUGACAGUCCCGAGAAUGCAGAUAUUUCCCAGUCUCUGCUACAGACUUUUAUUGGACGUUUUCGCCGCAUCAUGGACUCCUCCCAGAAUGCUUACAACGAAGACACUUCAGCACUGGUAGCCAAGCUAGACGAGAUGGAGAGGGGCUUAUUUCAAACCGGGCAGAAAGGGCUGAAUGACUUUCAGUGCUGGGAGAAAGGGCAGGCUUCUCAGAUCACAGCGUCCAACCUCGUUCAGAAUUACAAGAAGAGAAAAUUCACGGACAUGGAAGACUAAAGGCCAGAAGAACACGGAAUUCUUCCUUGUAGACUUAUCCCUCUGUGUGUCCUUGAUAAGAGCUGGUUGACCUUAUACAGGACCAGAAUCGUGUCCUAUUUCAUGGCUUGUUUCCUGUAGCAGUCUCAGGAGUGGGACCAUCUGAUUGGGAACGGACAUGCUGCAGGAUGUCCCUGGCCCUGUAAGUUUUCUAGGACUAUCCCUCCCUGCUGACCCUCAGCCCAGGCCUUUUAACCCCAGAACCCACAGCUGAGGAGAAAUCAAAGUCAUUCCUAAAUAAGGAUCAUUUACAUACGCAUCGCAGUAGCAUUGCAACCGGGAUUCCUGUGUCUGCGAGUUUGGACAGCCUCAUUUGUCCAGUUUCACUGGCUGCAAAGGACAGGUACAAACUGGGCUGUCUUGGCCUGUUCACAAAAUGUUCUCUUGAUCUUGUUUGCCUCAUCUUCCUCAUGGUUGUAGGGAGGACAGCACUCCCAGGAUGCUGUCCUGACAUGAUAUCUUCAGCCACCCACCUGCAGGGAGUUACCCCAAUUUCCAAAAACAGUCACCAAGAAUAAGGGAGGAAAAGAGAAAGGCACAUGAAUGGCAUGGCUGUGACUAAAGAAAAGACGUUGCUUUCAUGCUCUGUACUCAGGGCUUUGUGAGCUGGAAUUCACAUAACUCUACAGUCAACCUAGAAGGAAAAUGGUUAAACUGAGCUUGUUUUGUCUGUGAGAUCUAUAGAGCACCCGCACACUUAUUCUAUUCCCUGCCUAGAAAAGCUGUCAAGGGAGUCAUCGGGAUUUGCAAAGUAGUUAUUAAAGGACGUUAACCAGCCUUUAUUACGUCUGGAAAUCAGGACUUGAGGGUUGCCAGCUGAGCAGAGUCCUGUUUGAGAACCUUAACACAGGGAAUCUAAGUCGACAAGAAGCCUCAAUUGUGUUUUUUUCUCUUGGGUAAAUUUUGCAACAUUAUUGCAUAGAGGAUCCCUGGACGUUUACUAGGAACCUGUUUAAGCACAAAACUCCUCCUCUGGAGAUCAAGGAGGCAGCCUCAGGCUGAGUAAGACACAGCAUUCCCUGAGUUCGUUGGACUGUUAGCAGAGCACCCCUGCUCCCCUUCCCUCACCCCACAACUAGCAAAAGUUGUCUUUGACACUGGAAAUUAGAGAGAUUUGGGUCUCCAGACUGUGCAGAUGUCUUGAUGUAAACUUAGAAUGACAGAAAUGCUUUUAAAAUGCCUGUUUUAAGAUGGAAUCAAUGUUUUUAUAAUUUGAUUUUAGUGCUAAAUAAAUUUUUACAUGAAUACAUUAUGUACAAGUACUAUUUCUGUAACUCUAGUACUACAGAUGAUCAGCAAAGCUAUCGGAGAAUUUUGCCUUUGAUCGUA